CGCAAGUAAUUUCUGAUUAUUGAUGUUUUUCAGAAUGGCUCGUACAAAGCAAACAGCUCGUAAAAGUACAGGAGGUAAGGCUCCUCGUAAACAAUUGGCUACAAAGGCUGCCCGUAAAAGUGCCCCCUCAACUGGUGGAGUGAAAAAACCACAUAGGUACAGGCCCGGAACAGUCGCUCUCAGAGAAAUCAGGAGGUACCAGAAAUCCACCGAGUUGCUCAUCAGGAAAUUGCCUUUCCAGCGUCUUGUAAGAGAAAUCGCCCAAGACUUCAAAACUGACUUGAGAUUCCAGAGUGCAGCUAUUGGAGCUCUUCAAGAGGCCAGUGAAGCUUAUCUUGUCGGAUUAUUUGAAGACACUAACUUGUGCGCCAUCCAUGCAAAGAGAGUCACAAUCAUGCCGAAAGACAUUCAGUUGGCAAGGAGGAUUCGGGGAGAACGUGCAUGAUCUCACCUCUGUGUAAUCAUAAAAACUUAUUUUCAUAUAGACAUUGAAAUUUUUAUCAUGAAUGCAGCAGACAUUUUCAGGACAUUAUGGCAUGGUAUUUUGUAAUUUUCAUUCCAAAAAAUUCUCAUUGUGUGUUUCUGUUAUAUAUCACAAUUUGAUUCAUACUUGAAUUGUUGACCACUGGGCACUUUUCGAGAAAGAUAUUCUAUGACAGGUGUGUCUUUUGGGUGAAAAUUACCAAAGUUGUUGCAUGAUGCAUAUUUCAAAGACGUUCAUAAAGCAAUUCUGAUUUAAAUUUGAAGGGGUGAAAAAAGAAACUUAGUGAUUCAAAAAAAAAAGAUUAAUCAAGAUUUCUGUUUGUUUCUUGCAUCAAGCCAUGCUGAUCAUCAUUGAAUCAUGAACAGUCAGGGAAAUUUUGUGUUUUUAUGUGCAGCAGUGUUUUUAUAAGUAUUUCUUGACUGUCUUCUUUCUCUCUAUAUUCUUUUGAGAAAAUUAAAAAACUGAGCACAAGUUUUUUUUAUACUGAUGUCUUCUCGUGUUGUCUUUGUAAUAUUUUAAAAUUGUGCUAAUACCUUCAUUUUAACAAUAAACGUAGUAACUAAAAA